AUGUCUUUCUCCUACUCACCGGCACCGAUCGCUGGCACCAGGCACCAACCGCCGAGUUGUUUCACCGAUAAUGGUGGUGGUGGUGAUGGUGGUAGUGGGAAGAAAACCGUCGGCAAAAGAAGUCGAAUCGAGAGAUGUGGCACGAGGCUCGGAGGUCGGAGAGCAGAGGCGGGCGGUGUUGCCUCUGCCAAGCGCCGCGGGGACCCUCAGCAGUCCUUGAUCGCUGGAUCCCGAUGGCGCGCUCAUCGCGAUGGGCUCUAUCAAGCCACUCAGGAUCAGCAAGGACUCAUACCUUGGAAUGGAAAGCAAGAUGUUUUAAUUGACAGAUUCGAUGGCCGCGCUCUCCUUGAUUUCAUUCGCGAUUCUAGUUCUAGACCUUAUCGAGUUCAAGAAAAGACCGAGGAGGAAGAAGAACUAGAAGAGUUUGUUAAUUUUGAGCGUUACCGGGAUUUAAUUAAGCAUCGGCGUAGAGGAUUCACUGAUGAAGAGGGUCUUCAACAUGCUUACCAAGAAUUGGAGGCAAAGGCUGUUAUGCCUUUUAUUCCAGAGAGGUCACAAUCAUCUCAGCUUCCAGCAAGCAAAGGUUCAUAUUCACAGGUUGGAUUCUCAUACAAGGGAGAUGGUAAUGAAGACUCCCAGCUCCUGAAUAGUGAUGAUGAUGAUGAUGACGACGAUGAUGAAGAAGAUGAUGAGAAGGACUUCAGUAGUGAUGAUAGUAAGGAUGAAGGGAUGGAGACAAUUGCAAAAGAGUUUGGUAUCAAGCGGUACAACUGGCUUGUCUAUAUGGACAAAAAAGCCAAGGAGGAAGAGAAAAGACAGAAGGAAGUAAUUAAGGGGGAUCCUGCAAUUAGAAAACUGAGCCGCAAGGAGAGAAGGAAGGUUUCUCAGAUGGAAAGAGAGCGAACAGGUGUUACAGAUAUUGUAUUGUUCAGGGAGUCACGACGAAGUCCUACAUACGACGCUUAUCCUCGGUCCAGAAUAUCCAGAUCUAGGUCACGUUCUCAUUCGCCUGCUCGCCUAAAGAGAUAUGACCGUGGUGGAUAUGACCGUGGUGAAUAUGCAGACAGUGGUCACCGGAGUAAAUCCAAGUCUUCCAAAAUUGAGUAUAUCACUGAGUUUGGAGGCACAGAUGGCACAAAUAAUCAAAAAUUGGGAGGGAUCUCUCCCCCAUCUUCUCCGUUGCAUGCUGACUUAUCUAAUCGGCCACCUGGCGAGGGACGUAUUCUUGAGGCUCUUCAUAUUGAUCCUGCAUCUUCUCUACCUGUUGAACAUGAUAAGGGUACGAAAGUGUUGAAGCCAUCAGCCAGUACUUCAUCGUCAGCCAUUGCUAAAUUAAGCAAGACUGCUAAUGGUGCACCAUUAAAAGCUCAGCAAGGUGAGAAGAAGGAAACCCCUCAAGAACGACUGAAAAGAAUUAUGAGCAAGCAAUUGAAUAAACAAAUUAAGAAAGAUUCUGCUGCAGAGAUGGCUAAAAAGAGGGAGCAGGAGAGACAAAGGCAAGAAAAACUAGCUGAAACAAGUAGAUUAAGCCGUUACAGGCGCUAUAGCCGUAGUAGAAGCCGAAGUCGUUCUCCACCAAGAAGGCACCGACGAAGCAGGAGUAGGAGCAGAAGCCGGAGUCCUAGAAGAUACCAGUCUCGAUCACAUUCACGUUCUCACUCCCCUAGGUACAGGAGCAGGUCAAGACAUUGAAGCGCAAUCAAUUGGGAGAAGUUGUCCUUUGUCUUGUAAUUAUAUCGAGAUUCUUAGUUCUAUUGUGAUAUGUAUGCUUUGUAGCACAUUUUGCUUUUCGUAAGUCUUUUCUCUGUGCACCUUAUGUUGCUAGCGCAUGCUUUUAUUAUUAAUGAUGCUUCAUAUGCUCACUUACUGAGGUUGAAAUUUUUUUCUUUUCA